AUGGGUCAGUCACAUUCCAAGGGCAACGCUUCAGGCGACCCUUUGCAGUCCUACCCAUCCUUCUCCAAAUCCGAUACGAAGGAAUCUCUUCGCUCCUUCCGCGGCUCAAUCCGAUCGAAAAUCCCUGGCGCUCGGAGCUCUGACAGCCCUCGUGGUUCUACCACUGCCCUUUCUCGAACCGAAAGCCAGACCGACAAAUCUGAUGUUGGCUCAAUCAAGUCGGCCAAGUCAGGGGGCAGCCGCCCUGGCUCCAAUGCAGGCCUUCCCCAGACGCCUGGCUCUGAAGACGCCUCCCGACCCGGUUCUCCUCAACUCCCGCCGUCUCCUUCGCUUUCUACCAGUUUGCAGAAAGGACAUAAGGAUGUGAAUGCGAUGCAGCAGAGCGGUGAGGUGGACCACGUGUCUGAAGGUCCUCCUUCUGGUGGCCCCCCGACCGGAGCCGCGCCAGCUGUUGGUGAAUCGAUUCUGAUGAAGCGCGAGAACCAGCUGAACCCUAUCCUGGACUUUAUAUUGAAUGCGCCUUUGGAGACGUCUGGCUCCCCCGGAAUGGGCAUGGGUGCCUUGAAGUCAAUUGACUUGGACGACAUGAUCACGCGACUUCUGGAUGCUGGAUAUUCUGCCAAGGUUACCAAGACCGUGUGCUUGAAGAACGCAGAGAUUACUGCCAUUUGCACAGCCGCCCGUGAGCUUUUCCUCUCCCAGCCUGCUUUGCUGGAGCUUUCUGCUCCUGUGAAGAUUGUCGGUGAUGUCCACGGCCAAUAUACCGAUCUCAUUCGGCUCUUUGAGAUGUGUGGUUUCCCACCUGCCUCAAACUACCUCUUCCUGGGCGACUAUGUCGACCGAGGCAAACAGAGUCUGGAGACUAUUCUCUUGCUACUGUGCUAUAAGCUCAAGUACCCCGAGAACUUCUUCCUGCUUCGAGGAAACCACGAGUGCGCCAACGUCACGCGCGUAUAUGGAUUUUAUGACGAGUGCAAGCGCCGUUGCAACAUCAAGGUUUGGAAGACCUUCAUCGAUACCUUCAACUGCCUUCCCAUCGCUGCGAUUGUGGCCGGCAAGAUUUUCUGUGUUCACGGUGGCCUCUCACCCAGUCUUUCCCACAUGGACGACAUCCGAGGUAUCGCUCGUCCCACCGAUGUACCCGACUAUGGCCUGUUGAAUGAUCUCCUGUGGAGUGAUCCAGCAGACAUGGAAGAAGAUUGGGAGCCUAAUGAACGAGGUGUCAGCUAUUGCUUCGGAAAGAAGGUGAUCAUGAACUUUUUGCAACGCCAUGACUUCGACCUUGUUUGUCGUGCACACAUGGUGGUCGAAGAUGGUUAUGAGUUCUACCAGGAUCGCAUUCUAGUAACCGUUUUCUCAGCACCUAAUUAUUGCGGUGAAUUCGAUAAUUGGGGCGCGAUCAUGUCUGUCUCUGGUGAACUGCUUUGCAGUUUCGAACUUCUCAAACCGCUGGACUCAACCGCCCUGAAGAACCAUAUUAAGAAGGGUCGCAACAAGCGCAACAGCAUGCUGAACAGCCCUCCCGCCGCGGUAUCAGCUCAAAGCUAUUAA